UUAAAGGUUUCAGCCUGCACAGAAGGAGUUUAGAACCUGUUCAAACCGCCAACUCCUAUACUUAGUUACUGUUCCUUUUUCUGCCAUUAUGUCAGUCUCAGGUGGAAGCUCUUUUGGCUGGGCGGCUUCUUCCUCCCAGAAAUCAGGGUAUUCUCUUGCCCAUGGGUCAGCAUCUGGGGCUGCUGCAGGUCUAUCCCGUCUGAGUUUGGGUGGCGGAGGUUUGGGAGGAGGAGGAGGAUCUGCUUUUGGAGCUGGAAUUGGAGGAGGAGGUGGUCUUGGCUUCGGUGGAGCAGGUGGUCUUGGCUUCGGUGGAGCAGGUGGUCUUGGCUUCGGUGGAGCAGGUGGUCUUGGCUUAGGUGGAGCAGGUGGUCUUGGCUUUGGUGCUGGUUCAGGAUAUGGUGGAUUUGGGGGUGCAGGUGGAGGUCUGGCAUUAGGAGGAGGUUUGGGUGGAGGACUAGGAGGAAGUGCAGCAUUUUCCUUGGGGCGCUCUCUGACUUCUGGUGGCCUCAGUUCAACUUUGAAUGUAGGAGCACCUCGUGUUAUGCCCCAGUUAUUGUCUAGGGCUACAGAAAAGCAGACCUUAGCAGGCUUGAAUGAGCGUUUUUAUGCUUACGUGGAGAAAGUUAAACAUUUGCAACUUGAAAACACAACACUGCAGACUCAACUGAACCUGUUGACUGGUGGCACAUCCUUCUCGUCCUCUGAUCCCUCCUCUGGCCCAGUAAAUUUUGAACUACAGCUUACAGAUCUGAGAAACACAGUUGAAACAUUCACUUUAGAAAAUGUUCGAUAUGAAAUUGAACUUGACAAUGUCAGAGGAGCAGCAGAAGAGCUCAGGACAAAAUAUGAAUUAGAAUUAGGGGUAAAAUAUCAACUGGAAACUGACAUUGCAGCAAUGAAACGGGAUAUUGAGUCUGCCAAUGAACUGCGUACAACUCUUGAACAAAGAUUCUCCGCUGCACUUGACGACCUUGAAUUCCUGAAGAAGACUCACGAAGAAGAACUAAGUACACUACAAGGUAAAUUGGGAUCCGCAGCAGAUACUUCAGUUUCACUGAUCGAAGUGGAUGCAAUUAAAUCAUUUGAUCUUACUUCUGCACUGAACAAACUCAGAGGCGAAUAUGAAAAAUCUGUCCUACAACACAAAGAAGAUGCAGAAACCUAUUUCAGAGCUAAGAUUGAAGAAAUUAACAGUGAAACAGCUAAAACAACAGAAGUGGUUGCCACAGUUAAAACAGAAAUUUCCAGCACAAAGAAAGAACUCCAAACAUUAAAUACUGAACUACAGUCGGCUUUAACAGUGAAUUAUACACUCGAAAGCAACCUGGCAGAAGUUGUUGCCAGAUCUAGCGUGGGGGGGGCUGAAUUUCAAGCACAGGUAACCAGCUACGAAUCCGCAAUUGAGUCAGCUAAGGUAGAGCUUCACAAAAUCAUUGUGAAUUAUCAGGAACUACUGGACAUAAAACAAGCCUUAGAUGUAGAAAUCGCCACCUACAAGAAGCUACUGGAGGGUGAAGAUAUCAAAUUCCCUGAGCUGGAAGUUUUAUCUGGAGGAACAUACACCUACUCAUCUGAUGCUGGCUUUCAGAAGAAAGAAUCAAGUAGUGGAGGUGGAGGUGGAGGAUCAUUGGGAGCCAGUAGCAGCUAUGUUAUGUCCAUAUCCACCAUUACAUCAUGAUUGACACGUCAAGCACAAAAGGAUUAGAUUUUUCAUUGGAGAGUAUCCUCUGAGGAUCUUCACACUUUAAGAAAAAUGCCUCACUGAAAGCUCGACCUGCUAUAUUUCAGUUCUAUUUUGCUUAAUUAAUGUCAUUGCAGUCUACAGUUUAAUGUCUACAGUUAUAGCAAUACUCACAAGUUGCUAUUAACUGCUUUCAUUGCAUUUAUUUUCUUCUAUCUUUAAAAAUAAAUGUUUUUCUUCAUG